GAGAUACUUUUGAACUUUACUCCAUUGAAAUGAAAAGGCUGUCUAUGACAAUUGUUGAAUAUAUGGGAAAAGCUUUGAAAAUGGAUGAAAAAGAAAUGAUUAUAUUUGAAGAUGGAAGACAAUCGAUAAGAAUAAAUUAUUAUCCUCCAUGUCCUCAACCAGAAAAGGUUAUUGGGCUAACACCACAUUCAGAUGCAUCAGGACUCACAAUCCUCUUACAACUCAAUGAUGUCCAAGGUCUCCAAGUAAGAAAAGAUGGCAUGUGGGUCCCAGUUAAACCCUUGCCUAAUGCCUUCAUUGUCAAUAUUGGAGACAUUCUUGAGAUUGUAACUAAUGGAAUAUAUAGAAGUAUUGAACAUCGAGCAAUUGUGAACUCUGCAAAAGAAAGACUAUCAAUUGCAACAUUCUGUACAAUAAGACACAACGGAAAGGUGGGUCCUGCACCAAGCUUCAUCACCGAAGAAACACCAGCACAAUUCAAAACAAUUGGAUUUGAAGAAUACGUGAGGAAUGUUUUUCUUCGUAAACUUGAUGGCAAGUCUUACCUAGAUGCUAUGAGGACAUAACAUCUCUAAAUCAAGUGAUUGAAAUUGGUAUACUAUCAUAUUUAUAUAUGUUAAUAUGUGUCUUGAUAAUAAAAUAAAUUAUCAUAAGGAAUGAAUAGAUAGAU